AUGUCGGAUAUAUCCAAGCCCCACAUGGCGACUCAAGAUGAGAAAUAUCUGGGGAUCGAUAGGAGAGGCUCCCAUGAUAUCGACACUCAUAUAGCCGAGGUGGAUUACUACUCGACUGGAGAAGGUAUUCACAUCACCGUCGGAGAAACACAGAAGGAAGUGCGAGCUGUUGCCGUGGAAGUCGACGACGCGGAUGAGUCUUGUGAAACUAUUAGAGCGUAUGUUCUUGGUACGGCUGUUGCCGUUGUUGGUACCGGGCUGAAUGUGUGGUUCGGCGCUCGGCAGCCUGGAAUCUACAUCUCGCCUUUCCUCGCCCAAUUCUUCUCACAUCCUGUUGGCGUCGCUCUUGCAAAAUUCCUUCCCAAAAGAGUCUUCCACCUUCGAGGAAAGACAUGGUCCUUCAAUCCCGGACCUUGGACCGUGAAAGAGCACGCUAUCGUGACAAUGAUGGCCACUGUCUCGUUUCCAACUGCGACUGCCAUCGACAUUGUCAUUGCCGUACGACAGCCAAUCUUCUUCAACGACUCGGAUCUCGGUAACAGUCAAGGAUUUCGGUGGCUUGUGGUCUUGUCUACUCAAUUCCUGGGUCUAUCUCUUGCCGGCCUUUCGCGAGAGUAUCUUGUAUACCCAUCCAAUAUGACCUGGCCUUUGAAUCUUGCCAAGCUCUCGCUAUUCAACGCUCUCCAUAAGCGCAAAGUCAACGAGGACGGGGUUGUGCAAGUCGUCGAGCAUCACCACGGCGAAGAUCCCGAAGAGACCGAUCCACCCGUCAAUGGCUGGAAGAUAUCCAUGUUUCGCUUCUGCCUGACUGCUACUAUUGCGAGUUUUGUGUGGUUCUGGUUCACCUCUUACAUCUUUCCGUCUUUGACGUACUUCAAUUGGCCGACGUGGAUCGCUCCCAAUAACAAGAAGCUUGCCAUAAUCAUGGGAAGCAUGACGGGCCUGGGGCUCAAUCCUAUACCUACAUUUGACUGGACAUACAUUAGCGGUGCCGGUCUCACACCUCUCAUCACCCCCUGGUGGGCCACACUUCAGACCCUGAUCGGAUCAAUCAUUGGCCUUUUCGUUAUCAUCGGCACAUACUGGUCCAACACCUGGUAUUCCAGCUACCUCCUCCCAAACUCCAACCAAGCUUUUGACCGCUUUGGCGCCUACUACAAUGUCACCGCUGUGCUUACCCCGGACAAGACCCUUGAUGUAGAGGCGUACCAUGCAUACUCGCCGAUCUACUUUGGGGCGGGAUACAAUCUGGUCCUCAUUGCCUACUUUGCGAGUUAUUCUGCCGUUUUGACGUAUGCUGUUUUGGAACAUGGCUCACAGCUCAAGCAUGGCAUCAUGACCGCCUUCAAGAAUGCCAUCUCUCUCGUCCAACGCGGCAGGGCCUCCGAAGAAUCUCACGACCGUCCUCAAUACGACAUUCACUACGCCAUCAUGCACAAAUACAAAGAAGUACCUCAAUUUUGGUACUUGCUCAUCCUCGUCUUCUCGGUGGUCACGGGCAUCGUUAUGGUGGAGGUUUACAAGACCACAAUGCCGGUCUGGGGCAUCUUCCUCUGUCUGUUGUUGGCUUUUGUGUUUCUGAUUCCGGGUGGGAUUAUUCAGGCUCUGAGCAACAUGCAGGUUUCGCUGGUCAUCCUGGCCGAAAUCAUCCCCGGCGUCGCACUUCCAGGACGACCUUAUGCCAACAUGCUCUUCAAGCUCUACGGCUGGGUCGCUCUGGUCAUGGCGCUUCUGUACGUCCAAGACCAGAAGCUCGCGCACUACCUCCACAUCCCACCUCGUUCAACAUUCCGCACUCAGAUCUGGGGCGUGCUGGUCAGCAGUAUCGUCUCUAUUGGCGUGAUGUCUUGGCAGUUCAAUGCUAUCCCAGACCUGUGUGAACCUGGUCAGAAAGAUCUCAUGACGUGUCCAUACUAUACCACAUUCUACUCUUCCGCGCUCAUGUUUGGUGUAGUCGGUCCGGAGAGGAUGUAUGGUGCUCACGGCCUCUACAAAUGGACUCUGUUUGCCUUCUUGGCUGGUGCGGUUGCUACUGUGGCAGCGUUUGGUAUCAAGAAGGUGUGGCCAAAUCGAUACACCAAAGCUGUUAAUGUUCCUGUCAUCAUCUUUGGUAUGAUGUACUUUGCGCCGUACAACAUCUCAUACGUCUGGGCUGGUGUCCCUCUCGCCUGGUUCUUCAUGUCCCACGUCUAUCGCCGCUUCCCGGCUUGGUGGGCCAAGUACGUGUACGUCAUGUCUAUCGGUGCUACAAUCGGCUGUGCCGUAUCCGGCGUUGUCAUCUUCUUCUGCGUGACUUAUCCAGGGGGUGUGAUGCCCGCUUGGUGGGGCAAUACGGUCUAUGCGAAUGGGUGCGACGCGCUUGGGUGUCCGCUGCUUGAUUUGCCGGAUGUGGGAUACUUUGGUCCUGGUAGAUGCGACGAGACGAAACCAGCUUGCGCGACAUGUCAAAGAUUGGGUAUCGAGUGUUUGGGAUAUGGCGAUAAGCGUCCAGAUUGGCUGAGGGAAAAGGCAAAUGCGCGGGAGGCAAAGAAACAGAUCAAAGAAGUAGUCAUGUCUCAUCGCUUCAAGAAACCAAAACUCGACUCGACUCUCGCCGUAGAAGCCCACUCAGCAACCGCAGACGAGUCGCACGACACUUCUCUACCUUCUGCGGACCUGCGGCAUUCCGUUCUGGGAAAUGUACCGCCGAACGCCAUUGAUGGGGAAGAGUCGACGCGAAAGCGUAAGCGCCCAAGACAGCCGCACGUUGCUCAAGAGCAGACCGGUCAGAGCAAUAUCGGCAGCACCUCAUACCUGGCCAGCUCCGGAGACAUUGUCAAUGGGGUCUCCAUCCCGGCUGAACCAGAUCCGUAUCUGACCGCAGACUCGAUGACCGCUACUUUGAAUCCUUCCUUGCUCAAUUCCGAGGCGCUCAAUUUCCCACAAGCAUCUACUUCCUCUCUCGCUCUCACUUCUUCCAACUUCGAAAGCUUGCAUAAUGAGGAGGUUGAUGUUUUCUGGUCGAAUCUACUCGAGUCUGCCGACUCUUCACUUUGGGAAAACACCGGCUUGGUUCAGACGAAACUCCGUACUCCCAGCCCUACGCCCUUUAUCUACAUCCCAUCACCUACCACCGGUCCUCUCCCACACGAUAUCGGCAAGAUGAAGUACGUCCACCACUACCUCAACAUCGUCCUCCCUCUCCAAUAUCGCCUGCUCCCAAUCUCUGUAUCUAUGAGCGAGCUCGUGGCGCCUUUAGCUCUAAGGGCGUCCGAAGUGUUUGAGAGUGUUUCUUCGCUGGCUGCUCUGCAUAUGGUGUCGAGGCGCAAUACCAACCGGACAGAUGUGACGGCUGCAGACUAUGCGUCUCGCCUCCUGGUAGUGCAUGAUGCGCAUGAGAGAGGUCCGAUGGGUUUGGGGAGCAUCAGCGAGAUUGAGAACGAGGACGCGCUCGUAGCAGUCUCUUCGCACGAGAAGUCUAUGGAACGACUCCGCUUCCUCUCUCCACAAGAUCUGACUACCGAAGAGACUAUCCUCUGCGCGCUUUUCGCCAUCUCCUACCAUCUCUUCUCCGGGGGGACGUCAAAGCGGCUACCCGAAGUCGUUUCGAUCAAUCAAAGAUGUCUGUCGGCUGCUCUGUCCAUGUCGCACGAGUUUGCCGACGAUGCUGUCUCUCGUGUAAUAUUACCAAAAAAGAGCCCGUGGUCGCGAUACCGUCCUCUGAUACAGCAUAUGAUUUGGAUCGAUAUCUUUGCGUCUGUCAACUCAGGAAAGGGUUCGCGUAUUCUACCGACGUAUCGUAGAAUACUCAGGUCCUUGCCGACAGACAUUAUAUCCGGAGUCUCGAAGCCGUUGCUGGAGAUGGACAGGGUGAUGGGAUGUGACAGCACAACGCUCCUAGCUUUUGCAGAAAUAUCGGCGCUGGAAGAGUGGAAAGAGAACAAUCUGCGAGCUGGCUGCCUCUCAUAUAUCGAGCUAGUUGACAGGGCUGGCCAAAUCCGACAACUGCUGGAUGAGAGGACGUGGAGGGAGGACUUGCUCCAGAUGCCUGAUCAGAGCCGGGGGAAGAAGGGAGAGGAUGACGGGCUUAGGUCUGUGUUGAGAGACAUCUUUUUCGGUGCAGCGAAGGUGCUACUGGCGGUCGCCAUCAACGGUCCUUUUCCUCGUGUACCCGAGGUAGCGCAAGCCGUCCAAGACACAUCAGAAGCUCUCACGAGGCUCAACAUCGAACACUCGGACCCCAACAUGCACCGCGCUCUAGUCAUGCCGAUCACCAUCGCCGGCUGUCACUGCCAAACCGCUGCACAGCAGGCCUUUUUCCGAUCAUCGUUCGAGUGCUUGAGUGUGGAGGCGAUGGCGUUUGGGAAUACGGGAUCUGCGUUGGAGCUGAUGAAGGAGGUUUGGAGAUUGCGUAUGGUGAGCAAGCCGGAUGAGGCGGUGUGUUGGCGGAAGACGAUGGUGAAGCUGGGGUGGGAGAAUGGGAUUCUAUUGAUCUGA